UUUACCAAAAGAAAAGAAAAAACAAAAGGAAAUUCUGAGUGUUGCUUUUCUUUUUCCAUCUGUGCAGUGGUCAUGACGAGACGAAAAUGCCGCCACGCCCCUUACACAGACGAUUCUCGCCGCCGUUUUGCACCACCGGAAGCCCAACCCCAACCCCAACUCCAACUCCAACUCCGUAUUCACCCGUCAGACUUAAUUGAUGAUCGGGAAGUUGCUCAGCAACGCGAGAUUGAAAAAUUGCUCCAGGAAAACCGCAGUCUAGCGGGCGCACACGUCUCUCUUAACCAGGAGCUCUCCGCCAUCCAGCACGAGCUCCGUCUUCUCUCUUCCACAGCCGCAACCGUCAAGACCGAAAGGGAUGCUGAAGUCCGUGAGGUUUACGACGAGGCACGGAAGAAGGAGUCUGAUGUUUGUAUACUCGAUGAGCUUAGAGUAGAUUUGGCUCGGGUUAGGAGCGAUAUUCAGAACCUAGUUGACGACCGUAAAGAGCUCACUGCCAAAUUGCAGAACAUGGAGGAAGAUCUCGUCAAAGUUGGUUCCGAGUUACAGCAGUUUCCCGUAAUCAAGGCCGAAAUGGAGUCCAUGCAUAAGGAAGUUCAACGAGGAAGGGCUGCUAUCGACUAUGAAAAAAAGAUGCACACCAGCAACCUUGAAUAUAGUCAAGCAAUGGAGAAACAUAAGAUUACUCUGGCUUCUGAAAUUGAGAAACUACAUGCUGAGCUUGCAAAUGCAGAGAAGAGGGCAAGGGCAGCAGCAGCUGCAGCGGCUCCAAGUAAUUUAAAUCGCCAGAUCUCUGCAGCAACUCCGAAUUUUACAUAUUCUGCCAAUUAUGGAAAUCCUGAAACAGGAUAUGGAGAGAAUCUGUACCCUGCGCCUUAUGCUGUACAUCAGGUUCAGGGCAGUGCUGAUGCAAAUACCCAAUAUGUUGGUGGACAUCACUAGUUGGUUGUUUGAAAGUGUGGUGGAUGACAAGCAUCGUACUUAGGGAUGUUUUACUUCAUGAGAAAAGUGGUGGUUUCUGGAGACAUUUGUCUCAUAAUUCAGAUAAUAACUGUUUCUGCAUGUCUCUUUGACCUGGGUUUAGUCGUUUGAAGUUAUUAGUUGAUUGGAUAGCAUUAACUAACUAGAUAAAAAUGUGGUUGUACAUUUAUGAACUUCUAGAGGAACGAUGGGCAGGUAAGACCUCAUCAAGGAAACACAUCACCAUCGUAAACAAUCACUAAAACUUGCCUUCCCAUCUUAUACAAAAUUACCUUGCAAAAUGAACAUGGCACAGAAAUCUUUCCUUUAAUUUUCUACAACAUUAUGGAA